AUGAGCCUUUCGGUGGCCAUUGGAAUUAAUGUGACUAAGGACUAUGGCUGGCUAGAAGAUACUAGAAAGAUUGGUGACAAGAGUGGGGAUGAUAAAGUGAUGCUAGUAGUGUUGCUGAUCGAAGUGAAGGAUGACUAUGGCUGGUCGGAAGAUGUUGAAAAAAGUGUGAUAAGAGUGGUGGUGACAAAAGAAAUGUUAGUAGUGUCGAUGGUCGAAGUGAAGGAUGUGUUUAAGUUAUGUUGGAGUUCUAGUUUAAAUUUCAAGAAAUGA